AUGGCCUCCAAAUUAAGCAAAGAGGAACUCAAGAAUCUUUUUAACACUUUCGAUACAAACGGCAAUGGUAAAUUAUCUUAUUCAGAAAUCGAAAGUGUUGUACUCAGAACCUAUCCACAAUUCAAUAGUAGGAAAAAAGUCAUAAUGCGGGCUUAUCAAGAUGCUGAUGCUUCAAAGAACGGUUAUAUUGAAAUCAAUGAAUUUGCUAUUCUUCUUGAUGCUCUUAACCAUUAUUAUGAGCUAUAUGAUAUUUUCCAGAAAGUUGAUAAAGAUAAUGAUGGACGUAUCAAUUUUGAUGAGUUUAAGAAUGGGUCUAAGGACUUGAAAUUAUUUGAAUUUUCAGAUGCAGAGCUUAAAUUAGAAUUCGAUAAAAUCGAUAUGAAUCGUGGUGGACUUAUUCUUUUCGAUGAGUAUUUUAUUGAAGGAUUCUUUGUCUUUGUUGAUGAUAUAUCCAUGAAUUCACAUCUUGAAGGUAAUUGGCCAGAAGCUGUAAACAGACUUGUUACAGAAACUGAUAAAUAUAUAAAAAAGAUUAAUUACGCUCACUUAUUGGAUGUGAUUUCUCAACGACAACUUCAAACUCUUUAA